CCCUAACCCAUCUCCUUCCUCCUACCUUAAACCUAAACCCUGUACGUCAAUCUAUCUCCCUCGUUCAGUCUUUAUUUGUUCUCUCUGCGUCUCAAUUCGAGCCUCAUUUAGCUCAAAACCAAAUGUCCUAUUCGAUCCUUCUAGAACGUCCCAGAACCUUAUCAAAGCUCCUCUGCACUUUCAUCUUGACCCGGCCCAUGGGCGGCGGGCCCCGGACCUUCCCCGGCGGCGUCAACAAGUGGCAAUGGAAGCGCAUGCAUGAGAAACGGGCCAAAGAGAAAGAGAAGCGACUCCUCGAGCAAGAAAAGCAGCUCUUCCAUGCCCGAGUCCGCUCCCAAAUCCGGGCCAAACUCGCCGGCAAGCCCGACCCAUCUAUAAACCCGGACCCAUCCAACUGUCACGGUCCGAUGAGCCCCACCGACCACAUUAAAGCCCUAGCCAAUCGCUUCAUGAAAGAUGGAGCCGAAGAUUUGUGGAACGAAGACGACGGCCCGUUGAAAUGUCCACCGACGCGGGGGACGAACGAACGGUUAGGGUGUAACCGAGCGAACGGGGGGAGAGGCUCAGUCGGACCUCCGAUCGAUUUGAGGAAGUUGAUAUCGGAAGGGCGGGAAAAUGUGAAUUUGACAAAUUCUAACGGCUGCUACGUGAAUACAAGGAACUAUUCCGUGCAAAGCCGGAGGCGGUUUCGGCGGAAUGAGAGCUCGGAAAGCGACGAUGACGACUCGGAUUACGGUCCGGUAAGGGAGCCCGCGAAACCCUUUGCCAAAAAAUUGGCGAAACUUGUGGGCCAAAGGAAAAGGUUCUUUAGAGACGAUAGCUCUCCGAGAGACGACGAGCCGGGUUCGGAUUUUGAGGGAGAGUCUUCUAAGUAUUUUUCUGGAAAUUCGAGUUGGGGGAAACUGAGUGUGGAUGGAAAGGAGGACUUGGAGGAUGAGAAAGAGAGAAUGAGAGGUGGGAGGGGAGUGAGGAAGGUGGGGAGCAGUGCGUCUCUCGGGAAGUAUGAUAUGAAGAUUACUAAAAGAGUGCCGCUGCGGUCGUUGGAGGAGGAGAGUGAUUUUUCGGGGCAGGUUGAGUUGAUAAGGCAUGAACUAAGCAAGAAGGGUUUGAUUGAGAAUGGAAGGGAGAAGGGUGAGGAGGCAUCAAUUCUUACUCAGAAAAGAUUUGAUGAGUGUGGUAUAUCUCCAAGGACAGUCAAGGCACUCAAUGCUGCUGGGUAUGUUCAAAUGACACGGGUACAGGAAGCUACUCUAUCUGUUUGCCUUGAGGGCAAGGAUGCCUUGGUCAAAGCUAAAGCCGGUACAGGCAAAAGUGCAGCUUUUUUGCUUCCUACCAUUGAAGCAGUUCUAAAGGCUAUGAGUGACAACACCAUUCAUCGGGUGCCUCCAAUUUAUGUUCUUAUUCUCUGCCCUACAAGGGAACUUGCGAGUCAGAUUGCUGCAGAAGCAAAUGUUAUGCUAAAGUACCAUGAUGGCAUAAUUGUGCAAACACUAGUUGGAGGUACACGUUUUAAAGAUGACCAGAAACGCUUAGAAUCGUAUCCAUGCCAGAUAAUAGUUGCAACUCCUGGUAGGUUGCUGGAUCACAUCGAAAAUAGGUCUGGCUUGUCUGCACGCUUAAUGAGAUUGAAGAUGCUCGUACUUGAUGAAGCUGAUUACUUACUAGACCUUGGAUUUAGGAAGGAUGUGGAGAAAAUUAUUGAUUGUUUGCCUCGUCAGAGACAGUCCUUGCUGUUUUCUGCAACGAUCCCAAAAGAGGUUCGCCGGAUAUCUCAACUUGUUUUGAAAAGAGAACAUGCUUAUAUUGAUACAAUAGGCCUGGGUUGUGUAGAAACUCCUUGUAAGGUUAAGCAAUCUUGUAUUGUUGCUUCACAUGAAUUACAUUUUCAAAUUUUGCACCAUCUUCUGAAGGAACAUAUCUCUCAAUCACCUGAAUACAAGGUUAUUGUCUUUUGUACAACUGGGAUGGUAACAUCACUCAUAUAUCUACUUCUCCGGGAAAUGCGAAUGAGUGUAAGGGAGAUACAUUCUAGAAAGCCUCAGCUUUACCGUACUCGCAUUUCUGAAGAAUUCAGGGAAUCAAAAAGAUUGAUUCUUGUCACAUCUGAUGUUUCUGCACGUGGAAUGAAUUACCCUGAUGUUACUUUGGUCAUUCAGAUAGGAAUUCCUUCUGACCGGGAGCAGUAUAUACAUCGGCUUGGCAGAACUGGACGAGAAGGCAAAGAAGGGGAAUGCAUACUGUUGCUCGCACCAUGGGAAGAGUAUUUCUUGGAUGAAAUUAAAGACCUGCCUCUUGAGAAAGUUCCUUUACCACAUAUAGAUCCGGAGAUAAAGCUAAAGAUGGAAGAUUCAUUGGCAAAGAUUGAUGGUAGUGUCAAAGAUGCAGCAUAUCAUGCUUGGCUUGGCUAUUAUAAUUCGAUCAGGGAAAUUGGCAGGGACAAAACUACUCUUGCGGAAUUAGCCAACCAGUAUUCUCAGUCAAUCGGCUUACAGAAGCCUCCGGCACUCUUCCGUAAGACGGCUCUUAAAAUGGGUUUGAAAGGUAUCCCUGGCAUCCACAUUAAGAAGUAGAUUCUUCUUUCUGUUUUCUAAUCUACAAGUGCUGAUGAACAAAUGGAAGCAGGUGCCCUCCAUAUUUUGGUUGUAAUUCCCCUUAACAAAAAGAAGGCAAAGCUCAAAGUACAUACCAAAACCAAUAUUCUUUAUGUAAAUACUUGGAGGCAACAUGGUGUAAGAUUAUGUGGCAUAGUUUUGUUUUGAUGCCACCUUAGGUUUCUUAUGUCAUUCUAGUCUCCUGCACAACCGGCCUUCAAUAGCCAGUUAUUGUUGUAUCUUAUGAAGUCGUAGAG